AUGGCGCCUCCCGACACCGACACCGAGGUCAGGGUGUCGAGCGAAGCGGCCGAGACGUUUGUCAACCACUAUUACCAAGCCCUCAACAACCGCUCGACGCUGCAGCCCUUUUACAUCAACUCGUCUGCGCGCCACUCAACCACGGCCGACAUCUCCAUCAACGGCAAGGUCGUGGCCACGCCGGACGACUACUCGUCGCUCCUCGACGCCCAAGGCCCCGGCGUGCGCUACGAGAUAGAGUCGCUGGAUGCGCACGUCAUCAAUCCGUCGUCGGCCUACAACGCCCCAGACAAGAUCCACGAGGAAGCAAAGGUGGAGAGGAACGGGGGUCGGAUGAGCAUCGCCGUCACCACCAUGGGCAAGGUUCAGUUUGGCAAGGGCCGCGACGCGCCGCAAAAGAUGUUCAACGAGACAUUUGUCCUGGUCCCCAACUGGGACUCCAUGGCGAGGAAUCCCCCACGCGGCAUCAAGCGGUGGCUCAUCAUGUCGCAAAACUUUCGCGCUCUAUGA